UGCAGGGACGUAAACAAACCAAAAUUCUCGUCAAUUUCAUUAAUUAAGCUGAAAACAAUAGAUACAGGAAGUCAGUAAUUAAUCAAAAGUGUAAGAAAUGUCGAUAAUUAACGGACACGCACGCUGGGCAUUCGAUUUUCGAUCAUGGAAGCCGACAAUCCACGAAUUAAUGAUUGCUGUAUCUCUAAUUCAGCCAGAAGAGAAGCAAAGAAUCGCUCAGUUUGUAUUCCAAGAAGAUUUUAAGGCCUCAUUAGCUGGUCGAUUACUUUUACGUCAUUUUACAAGAUCUGCAUUGUGCGUCGAUAAUAAUUGCAUAAAAUUAGGAAGGGACGAGAGGAAUAAACCAUAUUUAAUGGAUGUUAUAAAUGAUGAGAAAGUUAUUGAUUUUAAUGUGUCACAUCAAGGCUCAUAUGCAUGUCUUGCUGGUUAUAUUGCCAAUAAUAAAACAGAAUCAAAUGCACAACUUCGUCUUGGGGUUGAUGUAAUGAAAAUUGAGUAUGGCGGUGGAAAAUCAUUGAAUGAAUUCUUCCGGAUAAUGACUAGAAACUUCUCAGAUAAUGAAUGGAUGUACAUAAAAUCAUUUGACACAAAUCAGGGGAGAUUGAAAGCAUUUAUGCGAAACUGGUGCCUUAAAGAGAGUUAUGUGAAGAAUGUUGGAACUGGAAUUACGAUGAAUCUACAGAAAUUAGACUUUAAUUUUAAUACACGGGAAGUGUUAAAGGAUGGAAUUGUGACUGACACUAAGCUAAUUUUGGAUGGCAAGUUGUUGCACAAUUUCACUUUCGAGGAAUCAUUACUAAAUGACGAUCAUUGUGUUGCUGUUUCCCUUCAAAAUCAAUCAUCCGAUGAAAAUUCGUAUAAAUCAUUUAACUUCCAGCUAAUUAAAUUUGAGGAAUUAAUCGGAAAUGCCACGCCACUGACAGCACCCGAUGAGGUUUAUUGCUUGGAAAUUUUGAAAAAGGAUACGAAGAACUCAUAAAUAUGCUUUUCAAUACUAAAAUAUGGUGAAGGAACUGUUUACCUACCCUCGAAAUUUAUUUUUUGUGUAUGCAGUCAAUACAAUAAGCAAAGAAGAUUCAAACCAACAAAUAUAUAAAUUUUCAGUCAACAUAGUCUGUAAAGGAAAUGAUAGGCAUUGGAAUUAGCAUAAAACACAAUCAAGUCACGAAUAAACUUUUCUGUCAAGCGGUGACUAGCACGAGCAUUCUUUUGAUUUACCUACUUACUUUUGAGUCUAUGAGUUAAAGACGAAUUGUCACUUUUAAUUUAUGUCGAGCAUUUCAACUUUCUUUCCAUUUAUGCUUUUAUUCAACUGAUAAAUUUUUGAAACUGUUAGCAUUGAAUAGAAACAUUAUGAGAGUUUUUUUACUGUCUGUCUGUCAGACUGUUUUGCAUAAUUUUCAAAUAUUUAUCGACCGUUAAAAUUUGAAUGUUUUUGAUAAAUAAAUUUUUAAGAACAGUUUUUGCUGACUAGUUGAGCAUCAAUCUAUUACAAAUGACUUAGUCUAUUCUAUUUAAAUGUGCAUUACUUUUAUCAUUUAUUGUUUCCAUUGAAAAGAAUCGUCGGAAGUUUAUUGUGUACAAAAACAUAAAGUUUACUCGAAUGGCUCUUCAUGAACUCACUGAGUUCAACAAAAAUUAUUUAUUGCUAUCUCUAUUUUUAUGCUCAACAUAUUGAAAAGUUUCCAUCAAUAAAAAAUCAAUUUUGACUGAACAUGAAAAGGAAAAUUAGGAAAAAUUGAAUUCUUCACUGACUCGACUCGUCUUUAUUAUUAUGAGAAAUGAAAACAUUCUGUGAUUUCAAUCUGCAGACACAACAACAGCAAUUAAAACAACUGUCAGGAUCAAUUUCUAUGCCCCCUUUUUAUAAUAAUGUUUUUAUUCAAUAACAAGAGAAUUAUUUUUGCACAGAGUAAAGGGACGAAUU